UCAUCAACCAUUGUUGCGUGUUUGGUUAUCUCUCUUGUCUCCUUCUCUCUUUCUUCUUCUCUCUUUACCUAAAUCAAGGGAUUUGUUCUGAUCAAAAAAAACUUUUUUUGAACAGAAUUAAAACAACAAAUCCCUAGAAAAAUCUUCUUCUUCUUCUUCUUUUCACCCUUUUAUACGAAACCGAUCUGUGACAAUUUUCAUUUUUUGGAGGAGAAGAAGCUUUUUUGCAUAAUUGGUGGCAACAAUACAAAUCUCAUUUGAUCUGACUUUUUCUGUUGAAGGUGAAAGACAUCUGAGAAAUGGGCUCUGAGCAGAACAACAGCACAAGCUUUCCACCAACAGAGCCGAAGCUCUGCGAUAACGGAUGCGGGUUCUUCGGUUCACCGUCGAACAUGAAUCUUUGCUCGAAAUGUUACAGAAGCCUAAGAGCCGAGGAAGAUCAAACCGCGGUAGCGAAAGCUGCGGUUAAGAACUCUUUAAAGCUUCCGUCUUGCAGUAUUAUUGCACCGGAACAAAAGCAGCCUCUGGAACUUAAACCAGCGCCUGUGGAAACCGUUGUUGUAGCCGCUGAGCCGUCUUCUGUACCUGUUGUAGCCAACGCGGAACAGGACGAGGCAGAGCCGUCGAGACCUGCGCGACCGAACAGGUGUUUCAGCUGUAACAAGAAGGUUGGGGUAUUGGGGUUUAAGUGCAAAUGCGGUAGCACGUUUUGCGGGAAUCACAGGUACCCCGAGAAGCACGAAUGCAGCUUCGAUUUCAAAGAGGUUGGACGUGACGCAAUCGCAAAGGCGAACCCGGUGAUUAAGGCGGAUAAAGUCCAGAGGAUUUGAAAAACAAAAAAAAAAAAAAACACUUUGUUCUUUUCUGCUCUUAAGUAUUUCUUUGUCUUCUGCAUUUGAUCAGUUUCUCCCGGGAAUGUUAAUGUUGAUGUGAUCAUGUUCGAUGUUUGGUUUCCAUGAAUCAAAAAUGAAAAUUGCUGCUCUUGGUUUCCUCUUAAAAAUGGAGUCUCUUUGCUCUUGUAAAACUAGACAAAACAUGAGAUUUGAAUCUACUUGCUUUUCUUC